GUCUUACCAUAGCUUUAAUUCUACAAAGAAAUGGAAAAUUCUAUCUGAACAUUGGCCUGGCGAUUUAAAUAUUAAUUAUUCAAGUCCUUGGGCAGCGGCAGCCCGGAGAGCUAGCCUUUAUAUUGAAGAUGAAAGGGUCAUGUAUGAAAAAAUUUCGUGGAAUGAAUUUUGGACCUUAUUUGAGAACCCAGAAACUGGAUUAAUGCGUGUGCAAAUUUAUGAUUUUAUGGAUAAAAAACCUGAUUUUGGAAGUGAUAUUUGGUUUAAAGAUUUUGUACCAGAG